AUGGCACACUCCAAACGCAACACCUCCCUCCCCCAUUUUACUGCUUACGAACGCUCCCUCCUACGCUCAAACUGGGGCACUCAACGCACCCGCCUCUCUCGCGAAUCCUUCUUGCCGUUCGGAUCAUGUCAACUCUGCCUGCAACCCGCGCGCGCACCGGUCGUCGCCUGCGCACAUAAUGGGGAUUUAUUUUGUCGUGAAUGCGCGAUCAAUGACCUUCUAGCGCAACGAAAGGAAAUCAAGAGGCUGGAACGAGAACGGGAAGAUGCCGCGAAACGGAGUGCGGAGGAUGAUGCGCGGAUGAUGGAGGAAGCGCGGGAGAGGGAAUUAAAGGAGUUUGAGUUGAUUAGUAUGGGACUUGAGGGGAGUAAACAGGAAAACAAUAAGAAGCGGAAAGCGCCAACUAUGGAGAAAAAAAAUGGGAACGGGCACGGGCAGCAGGAUAUGGAGGCAAAAAUUGAUGCGGCGACGGAAGCGUUUCGGCAAAGGGAAGUGGACGUUAAUGGCAAGCGGAGGAAGGUGUUUGAGUUGAGUGAGGCGGAGGUUGCGCGGUAUGCGAAUUCGGAGCUUGAGAGGCUUAGGAAGAUGAUUGAGCUGGAGAAGGCAGAAGCAAAAUCAGUACUACCGUCAUUUUGGAUUCCGUCCGAAACACCGGGCACAGAGAAUGAGCCAGCAUUGAAAAAGAACCUGAAGUUGUCGCCUAUAUGUCCCGGAUCAACGAAAGAGACGAGACAUGAAUAUUCGCUCAAGACGUUGGUUGAUGUUCAUUUCACAGAGGAAAAGUCCGACUCGGGAGAUAGUAUUUCACGAAUAUGUCCAAGCUGUAAGAAGAGUUUGACGAAUGGGUUGAAGGCUAUGCUUACAAAACCCUGCGGUCACGUAAUCUGUCAACCCUGCGUGACCAAAUUCAUGACUCCAGAGACCACCAUCGAUCCACACAGAACAAACCAAGCGGAAGGAGAAGCAGAAAUAGGACGUAUGCUAUGCUACGUUUGUGAGACGGAUAUCACGCCUGCAAAAUCAUCAAAGAAUAAGCAUAAAGAGGAGAAGGGUAGUAAAAUCAAACCGGGUUUAGUGGAGAUUAAGUCCGACGGGACGGGGUUUGCGAAGGGAGGAAGUAAUAUGGCUAAAAAGCAGGGUGUUGCUUUUCAGUGCUGA